AUCUUAUCUGGGAAUUAACUUUUUCUAGUAGCCUGUCUGGAUUACCACAGAUAUGGAUUACCAGAAUCUCACAGACCCGGUUUACAGCCCUGGAGCUCCUGCAGAUACUGGAGCGAUGAAGGUGUUCAGUGAUAUGGUUCACUCAUAUUUGGACCUGGUGCAGCGAAAUGCCUUUCCUCCUGCUUUCCUCGGGCCACUCCUGAAAUCACAGCAAGUAUUUGAAUAUAAAGAAGUACUGAUGUAUGAAAUCGGCUAUCUGGUGGCCCUCGCCAUCGGCGUGGUCUUCAUCAUCCUGAUGCCGCUGGUGGGCCUGUUCUUCGCGUGCUGCCGCUGCUGCGGGAACUGCGGUGGGAAGAUGUACCAGAAGCAGACCAAGAAAAUGGACUGCAAGAGACGCUUCACAUACUUCUUCCUGCUGAUCAUCACUCUCACCAUCCUGGCCGGCGACAUCUGUGCGUUUUAUAGCAACAGCAAAGUAGACAAUGCAAUAAAUAACAGCUUCACCACCUUCGACAAUACCCUGAAUAACAUGAAGACCUACAUCAAUACUGUGCCGAAGGACGUUGACAUCAUUAUUAAUUCAAGCAGCGUACCGAUAAACAAAGCCAACAGCAGUGUGAUUGAUAUUGGUCCAGUUCUCGGUGGAAUGAUAAAAAGCAGCAUAGAGGGAACAGCCAAUAAAACACUGACCUCUGUUCAGGGCAUGGUAGAUGUUCUGAAUAACACAGCCAAGGCCUUGGUGACUGUGAAUAACACCUUCAACUCCCUAAUAGAUGAGCAGAGCCAACUAGUGAAGAACCUCAGUGACGUGCAAGCAGCCAUCAGUAAAACAUUGGCUGAUUGCGGUAGUAGUUGUACCGGUGCCCCGUCCACCAGUGACCUUGUCAUCGAUGCCAACUUUACCUCGAUUCCAGACUUUUCCGGUCAGCUGAAAACCAUUAAUACAUUCCUAGAUUCUGGCAUUGAAGGCACCAUCCAAAAUGCCCGACAGAACAUAAAUGAUAUUCCCGAGACUGUGACCAAUCAAACGAGAAGCUCAGUGAAAAGUGUGCAGAAUCAGCUGGUGAACAUCAAACAGAAAAUCGCAGAUGCCAGGAAGAGCAUCCCCGUCGUGGAUAGUUUAGAUAACAUCAACUCUGUGUUUGACACGGCAAGCAACUACACUGAGAAGUACAAGCCGGAGGUUGUGAAGUAUAAUUAUUACAGGUGGAUUGUUUGCAUCUGUCUGUCCUGCAUCAUUCUCCUGGUAGUUGUGUGUAACCUGUUUGGCCUCUUGCUUGGCCCAUGUGGUCACAAAUCCAGCGUGGACCCCACAAAUCGCAGCUGUGCGUCCAACUCUGGAGGAGAUUUCUUCAUGGCAGGUGCCGCAUUCAGCUUCAUCUUUGCCUGGCUGCUGAUGCUGAUCACCGCAAUCCUGUUUGCCGUUGGAGGAAAUGUCUACACAUCAUUCUGCAAGCCGUGGGCCAAUCAACAACUUUACCAGGUUGUGGAUGAGAAUGUGAAUAUCAGCAAAAUGGUGAACAUUGGUGGUGUUAACCUGAGUAUCGCCAAUAUCUACAAGGACUGUCAGAAGAACACCGCCCUGUGGUCCGCUCUGAACCUGAACUCUCUCAUCAACCUGGACAGCUACCUCAAUAUCAGUCAGUACACCGGUGACGUCAAUACGACCAUGGAAAACACGAACAUCAGUGUGAGCCACAUUUCCUUCCUGACCCCCGACCAGAAGAAUCAGGUGACCAAUGUGUCCAAUUCUGGCAUAGAUACCCUGGACUUCAGCAACUUUUUUUUUCAGAUGAACAAAAGCAUUACGAAGACAAAUCUAACUGCUUAUGCCAACAAUCUACAAAUCUUUGCUGCGAACGUUACUAACCCGACUUAUAAAGCUCAGCUGCAGAAUGAAGCUAACACGAUCCUGGCGAUCCAAGCCUCCAUAGACGCCAAUCUCCUCCCACAAGUCAAAAGUAUGAAUACCAGUAUCGCCAAUCUCCAAGCCACAUCGCUAACGUUGCCGACAACAUUGAAUAACACCCAGAAAGCUAUUGAUACGGCUCAGUCCUUCGUGGACAACCAGGUGGUUGCGAUAGUGAAGAAUGAGACCAGAGCAUUUCUGGAUACAAUACUGAAGUAUUUUGAGUCCUACAUUAACUGGUCAAAGACAAUGCUGACCACAAAGCUUGCCCGGUGUGGGCCUGUCGCCAGUGCGAUUGACUCGGCACAAGUUGUCGUCUGUCAGUAUCUUGUGGACUCCUUGAAUGCCUUUUGGUUCAGUAUCGGCUGGUGUACCAUCUUCUUCAUCCCCAGCAUUAUCCUGUCUGUGAAACUGGCCAAGUACUACCGGAGGAUGAAAAGCUCAGACACCUAUGAGACUUCUACUUCCCAGCAAUUCCUCAUCCCUCGGGUAGCUGCAAGGUCAUGAGGGGGUAGCACUGACCAUCAAGACCCUGAACGUGGCUUUGAGCCGCC